GACGACAUACAAUUUCAUAACUUCAUACGUUGGAAUAUACGUGUGAUUAUUUUCAUCCAAACCUACCUCGAAAUAGUCGUAGAUUAUCAAUAGCUUUGGUUCUGUUUAUUGUUUGAGCAUUUACCCCCUUUGCGCGGUCUUAGGACCCCAACGGCCCCUUUUAUUAAAGAAACCUCCUCCACCUUGGUCCAAGAUGCAGUACGUUCGGAAUAUCAGCGAUUCGGUUUCCACCGCCUGGAAUUCGAUCAAUCCGGCCACCCUAAGCGGAGCAAUCGACGUGAUCGUGGUCCAGCAUGAAGAUGGAACCUUGUGCUGCUCUCCUUUUCACGUCCGCUUUGGCAAGUUCUCGUUGCUGCGACCUUAUGAGAAGAAGGUUGAAUUUAGGGUGAAUGGGCUCAAGCAGAACUAUGCGAUGAAACUGGGCGAAGGGGGCGAGGCCUUCUUCGUAUUCGAGACGAACGAUACGAUUCCCCAGAGCCUACAGACCUCGCCCCUGAGCUCUCCAGCUUCUAGCCCACCGCUUGGACCCGAUAGUUCCUACUCAUCCAACGAUCUGCAAGAACCGGAAUUCCUACAGCUAGAUGGUGAUGCUAGAAACUCACGAUCUAUGUCUGUAUCGCGACCUAAGCCCACUGUCCUUCCGUCUCAAACACCUCGUCCAGGAGUGAUCGAGCCUCUUGCGUCAUCGCCUGAACUUGGUGGUGGCCGACCGCCUUCGAGGGGUUGGCCGAAUGCCUCGACCCGCCCAUUUUACAGCGACGAAGUUUUGCCAAGUACCAUUCAAACAUACACCGACAACGAUGACUCGAAGGAAGAUGAAAACGAUCCUGAUAGCACAUUAUCGCUAAGUCAAAGAUCGCGAAGUCCUCCUCCUUUAGCGCCCCGGGAAGCUAUUCAGCGAGCCUUGACUCUUUCGAAGGAGCUUGAAGCUGUCAACAUUCCAAGCCGAGUCACUGAAACGGGAGACCUGAUGUUAGACAUGACCGGGUAUAAGUCUAGCGAGGAAGACGCGAUAAAGGCUGAAAUCUUGGCUCGCAAGAUAUUAGCGGAAGAACUUGAGGGUGACUACGAUAUUGGCGCGUUAUUUGGUAUGGAUGAGGAAGGGAACCUGUGGAUUUACAGUAGUGAGGAUGCGAAAGAAGCUGCAAUGAAGAGUGCGGUUGCAGCGCUUAGGCCGUCGCCUUCGAUAGCGAUUGAUGCGGUCUCGGACCCCGGAUACCAAAGCGAUGAUUCAACAACGUCAACACAGGAACCAUCCCAUAGAAGAAGCGAAUCCGACUUCGGGCACAGCUCGAUCCAAACUCCUCCAACGACUCCAGGAUCAUCUUCAGUUGGAAAUCCGAACAGGAAUUACGCUAAGACCCUACGACUGACUAGCGACCAGCUGAAGGCGCUUAACCUAAAGCCUGGUGAGAACUCGAUGAGCUUCACUGUAAAUCGCGCCACAUGCCAAGCGUACAUGUAUCUCUGGAAAUAUGACACGCCCGUUGUCAUUUCUGAUAUCGAUGGUACUAUCACGAAAUCGGAUGCGUUAGGUCAUGUGUUGAACAUGAUCGGGCGAGACUGGACGCACGCAGGUGUCGCCAAGCUCUAUAGCGAUAUCGUUGAAAAUGGGUACAACAUCAUGUAUCUGACAAGUCGCUCAGUCGGUCAAUCCGAUACUACGCGGGCAUAUCUCUAUGGUAUUACCCAAGAUGGUUACCGCUUGCCCAAAGGCCCAACCAUCUUGUCACCUGAUCGGACUAUGGCCGCGCUGAGACGAGAGAUAUAUCUACGCAAACCGCACGUGUUCAAGAUGGCAACCUUACGAGAUAUCAGGAGCUUAUACGGCCCUGAUAACCACUGCUUCUACGCCGGUUUCGGUAACCGUCUUACGGAUCAGAUUUCUUACCGAACAGUAGACGUCCCUCGAACUCGUAUCUUCACCAUCAACUCCAACGCCGAAGUCUCGCUAGACUUGCUGAGUCUCAAUAAGUUGAAGCUCAGUUAUAUCAACAUGACCGAAGUUGUAAACCACUUCUUUCCUCCUGUCAGCACAUUAGUCAAGGGCGGCGGCGUCGACUUCACGGACUUCACAUAUUGGCGAGAUAUGCCCUUAGAACUGAACGAGUUCUCGGCUAGCGAGUCUGAGGGAGACGCGGAGGAGAGCGACGUAGAUGAAGAAGAGGAUGAAGAUGUGGGGCAUAUGGGUGACAGUUAUCUCUCCAGAGGCGAUGAAGACGAAGAGUACGAAGAUCCUGAUAACGGCGACAGCAUUCUGAGUGGCGAAUACGAAGGGGAAGAGAAUAUGAUGAUCGAAGAAGAUGGGUCCGAUGCCGAUGAUGAAGAAGGUGACGAAGAGGGCGACCUGGAAGAAGAGGAGGAAGAUGGAGACGAAGUAGAGGACGGGAAGGGCACCUCUGCUACUUCUUAUAUCCCCAGUUCCGCCAGCAAGCCUGUGGAAACAGUCAGGGAUGUCGGUGCCGAACUUAUCACCGGUAUGAAAAAUAUCGGGAUCGAUAAGGAAACGAAAGAAACAACAAAAGCAUAAGGCAAUAGUAAAACAAGUUGCAUAAGACGAGCGGUCUACGUGGCGAUA